UACGAGCAACAGCCCUUCGCACAAGCGAGAAACAAAUAAUGUUUUAUCACAUAUCUUUAGAACAUGAGAUAUUACUUCAUCCCAGAUAUUUUGGACCUAAUCUACUUAACACAGUGAAACAGAAGUUAUUUACUGAAGUGGAAGGAACAUGUACAGGAAAAUAUGGAUUUGUUAUAGCAGUAACUACGAUAGAUAAUAUAGGAGCUGGUAGGAUUCAACCAAGUCGAGGAUUCGUGCUGUAUCCAGUCAAAUAUAAAGCUAUUGUAUUCAGACCAUUUAAAGGAGAGGUUGUUGAUGCUGUAGUUACACAAGUCAACAAGGUUGGUCUUUUCACUGAGAUUGGACCACUUUCCUGUUUUGUAUCCAGACAUUCCAUUCCAUCAGAUAUGGAGUUUGAUCCCAAUUCCAAUCCCCCAUGUUACAAGACACAAGAUGAGGAUGUUGUCAUACAACAAGAUGAUGAAAUUAGGUUAAAGAUAGUAGGAACAAGAGUAGAUGCUUCAGAUAUCUUUGCGAUAGGAUCACUUAUGGACGAUUACCUGGGUCUUGUUAGCUGAAUUCUCUUUUAUACUCCACCUACCUUAUUGGACAACUUUAUGUAUAUUUCAACAAUUUUAAAACUGUUUUUGUGUAGAUGUAGAUAUUUGUAGCUAUAGUCAAAAAAAUAAAAACAUUUUUUU